AUGGCGCAAUUACGGUUCGACAAUCAGGUCGCCAUUGUCACUGGCGCUGGUGGCGGACUGGGCAAGGCACACUGCCUCUGUCUCGCUUCAAGAGGAGCCUCUGUCAUUGUCAAUGAUGUUUCUUCCAAAGCAGCUGAUGAUGUGGUUUCCGAAAUAACUGCUGCCGGCGGACAAGCGGUCGCCAACUAUAACACUGUUCUUGAUGGCGACGCAAUCAUUCAGAGUGCCAUCCGCAGUUUUGGGAGACUGGACAUUCUGAUUAACAAUGCCGGUAUCCAGCGGCAUGCCAGUUUCAAGGACAUGACGGACAAGCAAUGGGACGAGAUCGACGCCGUGCAUGUCAAGGGGACCUUCGAAUGUACACACGCUGCCUGGAAGAUCUUCCGCAAACAGAAAUACGGUCGCAUUAUAAUGACUUCGUCGGCUUCAGGGCUUUUUGGCGACUCUGGCCACUGCAACUACGCAGCUGCCAAACUUGGCGUCUACGGUCUAGCGGAAACCUUAGCCAAGGAAGGGGUCAAGAACAACAUCAUCGUCAAUGCUAUUGCACCGAUUGCCGCAAGCGUCAUGACAGCGACUAUCAUGUCCACCGACACACUGCAACAUCUUGAUCCCGCUUAUGUCUCUCCCCUUGUCGCCUAUCUUGUUCAUCCCUCCAACAAGGAAACGGGCUCCGUAUUUGAAGUCGGUGCGGGUCAUGUCUCCAAGUUUCGAUGGGAGCGAUCUCCUGGAGCUGUACUAAAAUGCGACGAAACAUUUACUCCAGGCGCUAUCUUGAAGCGGUGGGCAGACAUUAAUGACUUCUCCCACCCCGACCAUCCCAUUAAUACCGCAAACAUGAUGGCACACCUUGAAGCCGCCAAAAGGCAGGGAAGCAAUGAUCCAGGUGAAGAUAUUCGAUAUGACGGCAAGGUCGCUGUUGUCACUGGAGCUGGCGCGGGGCUUGGGCGCGCCUACAGCAUCGAGUUGGGGAGGCGAGGCGCUGCUGUUGUGGUCAACGAUAUUGCCGAUCCAGACAAGGUGGUCAGAGAGAUCCUUGCAUUUGGUGGUAAGGCCGUUGGAACCAAGUCAUCGGUUGAAAAUGGUGCUGCGAUCAUCAAGACAGCAAUCGAUAACUUUGGCCGUGUCGAUAUUCUAAUAAACAACGCUGGCAUCCUGCGAGACAAGGCAUUUGUCAACAUGACUGAGAAGCAGUGGGACGACAUUAUCAGCUGCCAUCUCCGGGGCACAUAUUCUUGCACCAAAGCCGCGUAUCCGUACAUGCUGAAACAAAAAUAUGGUCGCAUUGUCAACACGACCAGUACGAGCGGCAUCUAUGGAAACUUUGGUCAAGCCAAUUACGGAACAGCGAAAAUGGCCAUUCUGGGGUUCUCCCGAGCCCUUGGGCGGGAGGCAGCCGAACACAACAUAUACGUCAACACAAUCGCCCCCUCGGCAGGAACAGAGUUGACUCGGUCGGUUCUCAGCGAAGAGCUCGUCAAAGCACGCAGACCAGAAUUUGUGGCUCCUCUGGUGCUCGCGCUGUGUUCCGACAAAGUACAACCCAACCCGACUGGGGGCUUAUAUGAGGUAGGUUGCGGCUGGCAAGGCCGAACCCGGUGGCAGCGUUCGGGUGGAGUUACCUUUGAUGUCGACAAGUUCACUCCGGAGGCAAUUAGUGCUCAAUGGCCUAGAAUUAUUGACUUUGAAGAUGGCCGCGCCGACAACCCCGAAACCCCCGAAGAAGGACUCAAGAACAUAAUGGGCGUCGUCAAAGGUUUAAUGUCUUCAGGCUCGGGCGCUUCGGCUGGUUCAUUUCUCGCUGCCAUCAACGCAGCCAAGAAGGCUCAGCCAUCAGUCUCAGAGACCAGCUAUACUGAAAAAGAAAUCAUCCUGUACAACAUCUCACUCGGCGCAACAAGCGACCAACUUGACUUGGUCUACGAAGGUCACCCAGGCUUCCAGGUACUACCCACAUACGGUGUCAUCAUUCCUCCCACAGCUACGAAAUCCUUUAAUCUGUCUGAACUUGUACCCAACUUCUCAUACAAGAUGGUCCUUCACGGGGAGCAGUAUCUCGAGAUCCGCAAAUGGCCGAUCCCCACGUCUGCUCGGGUGCGUUCUUUGUCUAAGGUUGUUGACGUCCUAGACAAGGGCAACGCUGCUCUGAUAGUCACCGGCACAACGACCGUGGAUGCUGAGACCGGAGAGGACCUGUUCUACAAUGAGACGACCCUCUUCGUCCGCGGAUCCGGUGGAUUCGGCGGUGCUCGGAAUGACACAAUCAACGGUGGCAAAGCCUCGGCUACCCCAACAUUUCCCAAAAGGAAGCACGAUUUGGCAGUCUCCGUUCCCACCACCAAAGAUCAAGCGUCACUAUACCGGCUAAAUGGCGACAGGAACCCGCUACACAUUGAUCCCGCGGUUGCCAGGGCGGCAGGGUUUAAGGAUGGGCCCAUCCUUCACGGACUGUGUUCAUUCGGCCUAACUGGAAAGGCUAUCAUGGCACGGUAUGGGCCGUUCAAGAAUAUCAAGAUGAGAUUUUCUGGUAGUGUUCUACCAGGACAAAACUUACAGGUCGAGAUAUGGAGGGAGGGCCAGGUGGUCCUCUUUCAGACUAGAGUCCAGGAGACGGGCAAGCUCUGCAUAAGCGGUGGAAGGGCCGAGUUGUUGACGACUGGCCCUAAAUUGUGA